UUUAUCGACGAAGUCGAUAUAGAAUUGGUUAACCAAGAGUUAAAUUUUCAUUCUCAUGACAACAAUCUUGUUAUCAAAGGUGGAUGUGAUUUGUUUACAACGAAGCCAAUUGGAUCAGACCGAAAAUUGUUUAAGACUAUCGAUAAGCAUUUGGACCAAAUAAUUGAAGACAAUCAACUUUCUCGUUCUGUUGAACGCGAGAGGAAAAACUCAGUUAAUUCCCUUCUUGGCAGUAGUGCCAGUCCCCCAUUAUCAGAUUUUGCCAGUAGAAGAGGAAGCUAUGCAACAAUCACUGAAAGAGAUAGAAGAGGAAGUUCCAGCCUGGUGCAUUUCAACAAAAAUUCAUUAUCUACGUCAUUAGGAAACGGAAACAAUCAAUCCCUUCUCUCCAAUUCAUUAAAUGCAGAAACUUCUUUUGAAAAUGAUGCAGUAGAUGAAUCUCCGUUUGGGCCCUUGAAAAAUGUCACCACGAGAAAGACAUUCGCGUAUUUAAUCGCCAUAUUGAAUACUUCAUUUCCUGACCAUGACUUUUCAAAUUUACAACCAACAACGGAAAACUUCCACAGAAUUCACAAUCCCGAAGAUUUAAUUCACAAAUUUAACAAUAUAAUGAUUUCACUAGGCAAGAAGGAGGACUUGUUGAAUUGGAUUUGGGAUACUGUGAAUGUAUACAUGGAUAUAAUACCCUCCAGGUCAUCGCCGCACUUUCCUGCUCAAUCUGGUGCACCCCCCAGUAGGAAGAACAGUUUCAAUAACACUUCCUCUUCUCAGAGAGUGAGCUCUAUUACCUCUAAUGGAAAUAGUUCCCCACCACAUAAUAUUCUUCACGAAAAUUGUCAAAUAUAUCAAUUCCAACCAUCAGAUGAAUCAAUUCUUGAAGACUUGAAUUAUCCCUAUCAAACCAUGUGGUCAUAUUACUGGUUCAUCUACAACAAAAAGAAAAAGAGAGUUUCGUUCAUCUAUUUAACGGCUAUCAACAAGAUUCACUUUUCCAUGAUAAAUAACAUGCCUUCCAUCAAUGGAUCAAAUAGCAAUGAAAAUGGCCCCGAUGGUCAGAACAUUGAAGAGGAUGAUGAGGACAUUUAUCUCGACGAAUACAUGGAUGAAGAUGUAAUAAUAGAUGAUGAUGAAGAUGAGAAUGACAAUGAUGUGGUAGGUGACUUAGAAAUUUAA